UACAAAUCGCGCGGGAAAGCCGCCCAUCAGGGAUGUGUCAUCAUCACGUGUUGCGCGACGGUAUAGGGUCAAUAGUGUUUUCUGCUGCUGGGGCUAUGUACGUAUGCGGGACAGCCCUCUUCUCUUCGAGAACAUUGUCUGCGGUCCCUUGUGCCCACAAACGGCGUCCUGCGUACAGCAUUUUCACCUGGGAAACACGACGACACACGUUUCUGCGCACCAGCUCUCGAGCCCAAGAAUGUAGUCAAUGACAUGACUGGGUGCUUGAUCCUCUACAAUGGACGUAGGGUCCACAGAUUGCGAGGCGCGGUUUUGAAGACACACUUCCCAUCCACAUCAGGUCCCCCGCUCGAUCGCGCUCCCAUACUGGCAUAAUGUUGGCAUAGCCAACGCUUUCUAGUUCCUGAACAUGUGGUCUCGUUGGCCAGACGUAGGUAGCGCAGAGGCCAAAUGCGGUUAUCGGAAUACAUAGACAUGAUCCGAGGCAGAAAUGAUGGGAAAUCACG